UAUAAAAUGAAUAAACAAAUACAAAAAUGCUUCGCUAUUUUUUUCCUCUUAAAAUAAUUCCACGAAUCAUUUUGUUUUACUCUCAUUUCUUUAUACUACACAUAUAAUAGAGAGAGAAAAUAAAAAACACGAAAGAGAUGAAAUCAAGUUCUAAUUCUGAUGCUUCUUUAGAAUAAUCUCGUUGAUCUUCUCUUAAAUUUUGUGAAUUUAUUCGGAAAAAUUCACUGCUUUUUUCUUGAUCGCCGGCGAUUGAAUUUGUAAUAAUAGAUCUCGAUAUUCGAAACUAUUUUGGCUGUAAUAAAAAUCUUCAAGCGGUUUUCCGGCAAAAAAAGCGGUUUUCCGGUGGAAAUAAGCGGUUUUCCGAUGAUAUGAUGGCAAGAGUGAAUAAUAGCGUGGACACUGUAAACGCUGCUGCAGCGGCGAUUGUCACCGCUGACAGUCGUGUACAACCUGUUUCAGUUCAGAAGAGAAGAUGGGGAAGCUGUUGGAAUCUGUAUUGGUGCUUUGGGUCUCUCAAAACCAGCAAGAGGAUUAGCCAUUCCGCUCUUGCCCCUGAACCCACUGUUGCAGAGAGUACAAGGGCUGUUGUCGACAACCCAAACCCUUCAACCUCCAUAGUACUGCCAUUUAUUGCACCUCCAUCCUCACCUACUUCCAUUCUGCAAUCAGAUCCACCGACUGCAACUCACUCACCUGGUGGAUUGCUUACCUUAACUCCUCUUUCUGUAAAUGCUUUUUACUCUGCUGGGCAGGCUCAUAUUUUCACCAUUGGUCCCUAUGCUCAUGAGACUCAGCUAGUCUCGCCCCCUGUGUUUUCUGCCUUUACAACCGAGCCAUCCACUGCUGCUGUGACUCCCCCUCCUGAACCUGUGCAGUUCACCACUCCGUCAUCACCUGAAGUGCCAUUUGCUCAAUUGCUCACUUCAUCACUUAAUCGUUCAAGGAGGAACAGUGGGACCAAUCAUAAACUUGCACUCUCUUGCUACGAAGUCCAUCAUCUCAUAUCUCCUGGCUCAGCAAAUUCAGCAUCUGGCGCAUCUUCUCCUUACCUUGAUAGGCGCCCAGUCCUUGAGUUCCGCAUGGUAGAUGCUUCCAAGUUGUUUGACUCGAAGAAAUUUACUACUCGUAAAUGGGGUUCAAGACUAGGAUCCGGAUCUCUAACCCCAGAUGGUGCAGGAUAUGUGCCAUAUGAUAGUAUACCACUGGAGAACCAAAUCUCAGAGGUGGCAUCACUUGCUAACUCAGAAACUGGAUCUCCAAUUGCGGAGGCUCUGGUAGAUCACAGAGUCUCGUUUGAGCUUUGCCGGGAAGACAUUCCAGCUUCUUUUGACAACACAGUGGUGGAAGGUAAGCAAGAAACAAAGGACCAAUACACAAGACAUAAUAAUAUGUUCUCCCACAAAGUUGAAAAUUGUUUCCUGUGUACUGAAGAGGUCUUAAGCGAAAGCCACGAGACAACUUCAGGUGUAACGAGAGAUUGUCAACACAAGAAAUCUUCUGUCUCCCUUGGAUCAGUCAAAGAAUUCAAUUUUGACAGUAGCAACAGAGAAAACAGUAGUGAGUCACACCUUAGCACAGAAUGGUGGGCUGAUGAGAAGGUUGCGAAAGACAUUGGGCCUCAAAAGAACUGGACUUUCUUUCCAUUGCUUCAGCCAGGAGUCAGCUGACAAUCGCUCUUUGGAAUGGUUCAUAACCUUUCCGGUGCCUUUUCCAAUUAGCACUGAAUAUACAAUCCCAGACAUUCAAGCAACAGAAUUGAUACAAAUCAGAUGUUUAUAUGAAGAUGUGAUCUUCUGCAGCCUGAACAGAUGCUGAUAAUGUUGCCCUGAUCAAUCAAUGGAUAAUGCAUUAGCACAAUGUUUCUCGGGUGUGAGAUUAGGUUGGUGCCCUUUUGGUAUUACAAUCACUUCCUAGUUCCUACUUUGUUUAUUCUCCUAAUGACAUACAUGAAAUAGGAUUUUGUUGUUAGAUUGACUUUAUAAAUGUAUUUAAUCUCUUAUAAUCAUUCACUGAGAAUGAUCAUAACUUUGUUGUAUCCAAAUUGCAUAGCUUGUCUCUACUACCUACUGCUACCUGUAUUUUGUCA